AUGUGCUUGCAGGCGCUGUCGAGCAGCUCACCGAGGGUGGUUGGCCUCGGCCGGGUGCCGUCGCGGCGGGCGGCGCUCCCAGCGAGGCAGGGCCCCUGCAGGGUUGUGGCCCGGGCUGAGCCCCGGUACGGGCACGCGGCGAACGAGAUCGCGUCCAUCUCCGCGAAGACGUCCGGGAAGGAGGCGCAGCAGGUCGUGGCGCCCAAGAGGCCGCUCGGGCUCCCCAGCGACACUUCGGGGACGGUGAUGGUCGCUCUCGUCAUCACGCAGGCUGUGGGACUGAUCGGGGCGUUCGUGGGCGGCAGGCGCGCGAACAGGUUCAGGAAGGAGCUGCAGCAGGUCAACUCCCAGCUGCGGCAGAUCAACGCCGAACUGCGCUCCCGCAACGAGCCGGAGCUGGUCCCCGAGGCCGACGAGGCCGAGGCCGGUAUCGCCUACAGGAACGCGCUGGAGAACUCGAUGAACUCUCCGUCGGCGGCGCACCCGCUGGAGGGCGUGGGCAAGGGCAACUUUUCGGUGGCGCAGGCGCGGCGGGAGAUCUCGCGGUCGAUCAAGGAGAGCUACGACGACGCGCUCGAGGGCGACCCGGAGAAAGGCAUCAAGGCGCUGGACCACGCGGAGGAGCUCGCGAUCGAGCUGAAGGACGCGGUGGCGGAGCGCGCGGUGGUGCGCGCCAUGGCGCAGUGCUACCGCGAAAUGGCGGCCGCGAGCGAGUCGGAGGGCAAGCGGCAAGAGGCGUUCCGGUCCGCGAUCACCUGCCUGGAGCGCGGGCUGGAGAUCUCGAUGCAGGUCGGGGAGUACACGGGCGACGCGGACAUGUACGGCGACAUCGGCGACCUGUUCGUGGAGCUGGGCGACCUGCAGAAGGCCGGGGAGUACUACGACCGCUGCAUCAAGGCGCUCUCCGAGGACAGGAUCACCAUCCCCUCGUCCUCCUGGGACUGCUGA